AGUCCAGCCGUCUACAAGAAAAUUGCUCCCUUUGAAGCUGCCAGGGGGGCCGGGAAGCCUGCCCCCUCCUGCUCGCCCGCCCUCUCCGCCCCACCAGCCCCCUCCCUCCUUUCCUCCCUCCCCGCCCUCUCCCCGCUGUCCCCUCCCCAUCGGCCCGCCUGCCCAGCCUUUAGCCUCCCUCCCGCCGCCUCUGUCUCCCUCUCUCCACAAACUGCCCAGGAGUGAGUAGCUGCUUUCGGUCCGCCGGACAGACCGGACAGAUAGACGUGCGGACGGCCCACCACCCCAGCCCGCCAACUAGCCAGCCUGCGCCUGGCGCCUCCCCUCUCCAGGUCCAUCCGCCAUGUGGCCCCUGUGGCUCCUCGUGUCUCUGCUGGCCCUGAGCCAGGCCCUGCCCUUUGAGCAGAGAGGCUUCUGGGACUUCACCCUGGACGAUGGGCCAUUCCUGAUGAACGAUGAGGAAGCUUCGGGCGCUGACACCUCGGGCGUCCUGGACCCGGACUCUGUCACACCCACUUACAGCGCCAUGUGUCCUUUCGGCUGCCACUGCCACCUGCGGGUGGUUCAGUGCUCCGACCUGGGUCUGAAGUCUGUGCCCAAAGAGAUCUCCCCUGACACCACGCUGCUGGACCUGCAGAACAACGACAUCUCCGAGCUCCGCAAGGAUGACUUCAAGGGUCUCCAGCACCUCUACGCCCUCGUCCUGGUGAACAACAAGAUCUCCAAGAUCCACGAGAAGGCCUUCAGCCCACUGCGGAAGCUGCAGAAGCUCUACAUCUCCAAGAACCACCUGGUGGAGAUCCCGCCCAACUUACCCAGCUCCCUGGUGGAGCUCCGCAUCCACGACAACCGCAUCCGCAAGGUGCCCAAGGGCGUGUUCAGCGGGCUCCGGAACAUGAACUGCAUCGAGAUGGGCGGGAACCCACUGGAGAACAGUGGCUUUGAACCUGGAGCCUUUGAUGGCCUGAAGCUCAACUACCUGCGCAUCUCAGAGGCCAAGCUGACUGGCAUCCCCAAAGACCUCCCUGAGACCCUGAAUGAACUCCACCUAGACCACAACAAAAUCCAGGCCAUCGAACUGGAGGACCUGCUUCGCUACUCCAAGCUGUACAGGCUGGGCCUAGGCCACAACCAGAUCCGGAUGAUCGAGAACGGGAGCCUGAGCUUCCUGCCCACCCUCCGGGAGCUCCACUUGGACAACAACAAGCUGGCCAGGGUGCCCUCAGGGCUCCCAGACCUGAAGCUCCUCCAGGUGGUCUAUCUGCACUCCAACAACAUCACCAAAGUGGGUGUCAACGACUUCUGUCCCGUGGGCUUCGGGGUGAAGCGGGCCUACUACAACGGCAUCAGCCUCUUCAACAACCCCGUGCCCUACUGGGAGGUGCAGCCGGCUACUUUCCGCUGCGUCACUGACCGCCUGGCCAUCCAGUUUGGCAACUACAAAAAGUAGAGGCAGCUGCAGCCACCGCGGGGCCUCAGUGGGGGUCUCUGGGGAACACAGCCAGACAUCCUGAUGGGGAGGCAGAGCCAGGAAGCUAAGCCAGGGCCCAGCUGCGUCCAACCCAGCCCCCCACCUCGGGUCCCUGACCCCAGCUCGCUGCCCCAUCACCGCCUCUCCCUGGCUCCCAAGGGUGCAGGUGGGCGCAAGGCCCGGCCCCCAUCACAUGUUCCCUCGGCCUCAGAGCUGCCCCUGCUCUCCCACCACAGCCACCCAGAGGCACCCCAUGAAGCUUUUUUCUCGUUCACUCCCAAACCCAAGUGUCCAAGGCUCCAGUCCUAGGAGAACAGUCCCUGGGUCAGCAGCCAGGAGGCGGUCCAUAAGAAUGGGGACAGUGGGCUCUGCCAGGGCUGCCGCACCUGUCCAGACACACAUGUUCUGUUCCUCCUCCUCAUGCAUUUCCAGCUUUUCAACCCUCCCCCACUCUGCGGCUCCCCUCAGCCCCCUUGCAAGUUCAUGGCCUGUCUCUCUCUCUCUCUCUCUCUCUGUGUGUGUGUGUGUGUGUGUGUGUGUGUGUGUGUGUGUGUCUGUGUCUUGUGCUUCCUCAGACCUUUCUCGCUUCUGAGCUUGGUGGCCUGUUCCCUCCAUCUCUCCGAACCUGGCUUCGCCUGUCCCUUUCACUCCACACCCUCUGGCCUUCUGCCUUGAGCUGGGACUGCUUUCUGUCUGUCCGGCCUGCACCCAGCCCCUGCCCACAAAACCCCAGGGACAGUGGUCUCCCCAGCCUGCCCUGCUCAGGCCUUGCCCCCAAACCUGUACAGUCCCGGAGGAGGUUGGGAGGUGGAGGCCCAGCAUCCCGCGCAGAUGACACCAUCAAGGGGGGAGCCCUAGGCCUGUCAGGCCCUGGCCCUUCUGCCCCAAAGAGAGGAGAGGCCCCACAUCCCGCCAGAGUCCCAGACACCGGUUUUCCUAGAACCCCCUCAGCCCCACUGGCCCACUGGUGGCUAGGUCUCCCCUUAUCCUUCUGGUCCAGCGCAAGGAGGGGCUGCUUCUGAGGUCGGUGGCUGUCUUUCCAUUAAAGAAACACUGUGCAACGUG